AUCCCCCCAGUAGCCACACAGGAGUAGGUCCCACUCUCCUCCAGAUCCACUCCACACAGCUCCAACAAGGACACGGUGAACACGACCCCAUUCUCCUCCAACUCCAGGCUGUAGACGGAGGUCCUGGAAUCGUUGGCGAUAGCCUCUCCCUCGAAUGUCCAGGUGAUGUUGGGAGGAGGUUCGGAGAGACCGACGCAGGUGAAGAUGGCAGUGUUCCCGGCGGCAACCUCCGUGUUGGCAGGAGCGAUGACAAUUUCAGGUAAGGCAGAAGUGACGCUGACUCUAAAUUCUCCACUGGUGACGUUGGCAGACGGAAGAUAGGCAGAGCAAGAAUACACCCCCGCGUCGUCCAUGGUGAUUCCACAAAUCUCGAGAUAUGAGACUACAAACGUGGCUCCCUUGACCUCCACGGUCUCCUGAUAGAUCUUCACUCUCCCUUCCGCGGAUGAGUUGUACAGCUCCAUCUCGUUCAUCCACCAGGCGAUGCUGGGGGUGCUCGGCUCGCCCGAUGCCACACAGGUGAAGAUGCCGGUGUUUCCCUCCGUGAAGGUUCCAUUGUCAGGCUGAACAACAAUCUCAACCCUCUCAGCAGGCUGUACGGAGAUCUCAAAGACGCUCGUGGCGGUCCCAAACUCGUUGUCGGCUGUGCAGUAGUAGAGGCCCGAGUCUUCCGCGACGUCUAGACCGCAUAUCUCGCAGCGUCGACUGCACGAACGGGAUCCCUUGCUCCAUCACCACCUCAGUGAGAACGGUUAUCCGGCUGCUGUCGUUGGCUAGAACCGUGCCGUCUUUGAGCCACGAUAUGUCCGGAGUGGGGUCUCCGUAGGCGACGCAGACGAGGAUGAGCGUGUUUCCCUCGGUCGCAGUGGUGUUCGCUGGGACGAUCACCAACUCCGCAGGCGAUCCCGGUGGAGUCGAACCAGACGCCGAUCCCGAACCAGUCCCCGUGGCCCCUGUCCACAAGGCCGCCGUGCCGAGCAUCAGUAGCAGCAGCUGUCCUGCUGGUCGCGCCAUGUCGUGAAAAAGGCGCUCGUUCUUUCUCUCGUCAAAAAGUUAGAGAACGCGAAAGUUCAGUCGCACCUGGCUCGCGGCCAAGAUUUUAGCGUGCCACGGAUCCUCACGCGCAUGCGCAUUGCCGACUGAGCUAGAGCUAGCUAGCUAGACCGGGGGAAAAUGGCAGAUGAAGGAGAAGAGCCAAUGGAUGUUUCUGCCGCUCCGGCAGAAGAAGCAACCUCUAAACCUGCAGAUGCUCCUAAACCGGCCAAGAGAUCAACUCACGAACUUCCCUGGAUAGAGAAAUACAGGCCGACCAAACUGAAAGAAGUAGUGGGAAAUGAGGACACCAUUAGCAGGCUAGAGGUGUUUUCAAGAGAAGGGAAUGUACCUAACCUAAUAAUAGCGGGACCUCCAGGUACUGGGAAGACCACCAGUAUACUCUGUCUUGCCAGAACUCUCCUCGGAGCCUCCUUCAAAGACGCCGUCCUGGAACUGAAUGCUUCCAAUGAUAGAGGGAUUGAUGUGGUCCGCAACAGGAUCAAGAUGUUUGCCCACCAGAAGGUGACGCUCCCACAAGGGAGGCACAAGAUUGUCAUUCUCGAUGAAGCAGACAGUAUGACAGAUGGGUCUCAACAAGCUCUGAGAAGAACGAUGGAAAUCUAUUCAAAGACAACCAGAUUCGCCCUCGCCUGCAACACCUCCAACAAAAUCAUCGAGCCGAUACAGUCUCGAUGUGCGGUUCUGAGGUAUUCGAAACUGAGCGAUGCUCAAAUCCUCAGCAGACUCAUGGAGGUCUGUGACAAGAAAAGGUCAACUGGAGGGAAAAAACUCUACAUUUCUGUAUUGCUAGUGGAUGCCCUCAAUAAUCUUCAGUCAACGUACGCUGGAUUUGGUCACGUCAAUGCUACAAACGUCUUCAAGGUUUGCGAUGAGCCACACCCCCUGCUGAUCAAGGAGAUGCUGAACCACUGUAUCAGCACCGACAUUGACAGCGCUUACCUCAUUCUCAAGAGCCUCUGGGACAAGGGGUAUUCCCCUCAUGACAUCAUCACUAACAUCUUCAGAGUCUGCAAGACACAGCAAAUGGCGGAGUACCUCAAGUUGGAGUUUAUCAAAGAGAUUGGGUACACUCACAUGAGACUGACUGAAGGUGUGGACUCACAACUACAGCUCUCAGGACUUCUGGCAAGACUCUGCCUCAAAUCUGUCGACUCGCUCCUAAUACUCUUCUACCCACCCCCACAAGUAUACACCAUCUGACCAAUUCUCACAUAACUGUCUUUUGUCAUCUAUAAUUAUGUCAUAGAAGCUAAAUUCCACUAAUUGUGUGGCCUGCUAUAUAAACGGAAGUGUUAGCGAAAACACUUCAAGAUUAAAAAUUCACGUAAUUCACGAAUUAUUUACUUAUACUGUCUUUACCCUCGUGCUUUCAUUUGUAACAACAUACAGUUUUACAAGGGAGAGAAUCAUUGACUGUAUGAUAUUAGUGCUAGUUUGGCUGGAGCCCCUCGGCGAGGUAUAGUUUUGCAAAGGCAGCGCCGGCAAUCUCGGAUAUCUGCUGACAUCGGAGGUCGACCUGCUCACCAAUCAGGAGAGCCUCGAGUCGCUGAGGUGGGACCACGGGCUUGAGGCUCGACUCCUGCUCAAUUGCCUCGUCGGUCAUCGGGAGUGGCGGCUCGCCCGUCUUCUCCCGUCGCUCGUUUUCCUCCCUCCUCCGCUGGAGGAACUGCUGCUUCUGCUGCGCCUGCUUUGAGAUGUUCUUCUCGUAGCCGAGCAGCCGGUACGUCUCCAGCUGCAGCGACUCGACGUUCUCCAUCAGCAACUGAACGUUCUUCUGGAGGAGUUCGGUGGACGAGAGACCCAGGAGGGCAUUCGAAGGGAGGGUGGUGGAUUUGGGGAGUUCCUGGAGAAGGACGGAGGUGAGACGCGACGAUCUCAGAGUGACGGGCAACUCCACCAGAACGUCGCUGUGGACAACCCUGGCUUGUUGGACGCUCUCCGGAGUGAAGGGGUCAGAGGCGCCCAUCAUGGUGAGGAUCUGUGGUGUGAGGCGGUAGGCUUUGAGGCUGAGAGCCCCGCGAGACGUUUGGAGAGGAUCAUAGAUGAGAACGACAGACUCCUGGAUGGCUCGCUGGUAGCCCACGUGAGCCUCCAGGAACUCUCGAGACACGUGGGAGCCGAGAUACGUGGAUUGGUACCAGCCGACCUCGUGAUAGUCAACGUUCACCGUCCGCAGCUUCUUGAGUACGUUCUUCUGGUAUUCGAUCUCCUCGCGAGGGUUAUCCGUGGAGUCCUUGGGAAACGGGAAACAGUUGCUGAUUUCGAGCGUUUCGUCGACGACCACGCCCACCAGACAGCCAGUCACCCACUCGCUCCCGCUGCCCUCCUCCUGGCAGUGUUUGAUGAUCUUGAGGACCACGCUCCCGUCCAGCUGGACCUGCUUCACCUCCCGCACACUGCCUCUGGGCUUCCCACCGCUAGAACCACCGCUCGGAGCUGAUGCCAUUGUCAAUCACACGUGAGUAGU